AUGAACUUGGAUUGCAACUACGAACAGGAGUUUCUUGCUGAGCGAAUCAAAGUUCCCGAAGCUCUAUUUGAUUUAAAGUAUCUUCGAAACGUACCCGGUACACAGUCUACUUUGUUAAAUGUCACACAAAUUGCUACUACGGCUGCCGGCAUGUGCGACAUAGAUAUCCGACCUACGUUGUAUAGUGGAUUGAUGGUGACUGGAGGAAAUUCACUUAUCCUCGGAUUCACGGAAAGACUCAAUCAUGAUCUGGCUCAUAAGUGUCCUCCGACAAUCAAACUGAGAGUCUCUGCCGCACCUACUCCAAUGGAAAGACGGUUUGGGGCUUGGAUCGGUGGCUCGAUUUUGGGAUCUUUGGGUUCCUUCCAACAAAUGUGGAUUGCCAAGUCAGAAUAUGAUGAAACUGGCCGAACCAUUGUUGAAAAUCGUUGUCCUUGA